AUGUCGAUCAAGUUUGCGUCGGGACCAAUCGAUAGUCUUCCCACGAUUACCCCCACGGCCGAAGGUCCGACCUCGGAGGUUCCUACUACUCAAGCUCCUACUACUCAGGCUCCUACUACCCAGGCUCCUACCACUCAGGUUCCUACCACUCAGGCUCCUACUACCCAGGCUCCUACUACCCAGGCUCCUACCACUCAGGCUCCUACCACUCAGGCUCCUACUACCCAGGCUCCUACCACUCAGGCUCCUACCACUCAGGCUCCUACUACCCAGGCUCCUACUACCCAGGCUCCUACUACCCAGGCUCCUACCACUCAGGCUCCUACUACCCAGGCUCCUACCACUCAGGCUCCUACCACUCAGGCUCCUACUGUUCCAGGAAAGUUACUAAUUCAAAUAGUGCGUACUUGUGGAACUACGGCUCCUGAGGAGGAAUCGUUUGCUAUAUUUGAAGGAGAAGAUUAUCUGUCGUCAGAACCAAUAUAUAGUGUAACAGGCUGUGUAACGGGCACUGAAGAAAUCUGGAUUAAUCCAGUUUUGCACACUAUUCUGUUAAAGGACAGUGGAUCGAAUGGCUGGGAUUCAGGUUCAAAAGUUGAGCUGUAUUAUAUGGGUGCUUCGUUUUUGUUUACGAUGAGUUCGGAUGCUGAAUAUACCUCAACUUUCAAUUUUGGACCGACUCCUACAGAAGGUCCUAAGGAAAUUGUAGUGGAUGACAGCAUUGGCUCAAUCGACAACAUUCCAAAAGAUGUAACUAAGCUGACAUUCAAGGAAGGUUCUUUCAACAAUGUGACGUCUGUUGUACUCGAUUUCCCUUAUUUGAAAAUCCUGAUAUUCGAGGAUAACACAUUUAUGAAUACCCAGUAUAUUGAGAUAAAUGCACCUGUUCUGGAAGAAUUAAUAAUUGGUGAGAAUUGCUUCUCUGGACUGGCUACUACUCGAAGAUUGCUGGAUGUAUCUGGAAAAUUAGUACUCAACACUCCUGCAUUGAAAAAAGUGGUUGUUGGUACUAAUUCCAUGCAAAACAUUAGCAUUGUGGUACUGACUCAAGUGAGUGUCGAUAUUCAAUUUGUUCUGAGUAUGAAUGCGAUGAGCAAUGUCAGUCUAAUCCAAUACAGAGUGGAGAUAACCAUUGAAGUAGUUAUUCAAAUCAAGAUAUCGAUUGAAAACAAUGAAGGCCAUGAAGGACCUGUCGAUAUUGAACCUAUUAACCCUCCUACUACUCAAGCACCUACUACUCAGGUUCCCACCACUCAAGCACCUACACCCACUCCUACCCCUACUCCUACUCCAACUCCUACUCCUACUCCUGAACCUUGGUUCCCCAUCUAUGAUCCUUUCAUUCUCGGAGAUAAUUGCAAUUAUGCAACUCCUGAUGUUUGCAAACAAGAGAUCAUUUCGGAAACCAAUGUUACUAGAUUGUAUUUGACAAUUCGUGAUGCUUAUCCUACGAAAGCUUUAGCUCAUACUCGUGUAAUUGCUCUUGCUGGAGUUGAUAAAAUCAGUAUUCAAUUAUGGUUUAAUUCUCUGAAUAAACAAGCAAUGAAUCCUGCUCCUAUCGAUUUCUACAUUAUGAAUGAUCCUAUUAAAGGUCGAACUAUUAGUACUGAACUUGCUAUACUUCAUUUGAGAUUGGCUCAAUUCACACAUCCUCGUAUUCUCUAUAUUGGUGAUGGAACAUUAUAUCGUGAAGGAUUCUUAGAAGUAUUGAAGUAUAUGAAUGAUAACAAAGAUAAGAAUUGGUUUGUAAAUUUGGAAGAAUUCUAUGUUGUGAAGAACUACAUUGCUUCAUAUGAUUAUCAGAUAGGCAGUCAGCAUCCUGAUUAUGCUUCUAAUCUUACUAGAGAUAUUGUUGAUUUGCUAUAUAACAUGUGUACAAAUAAAAUCUAUUUCCCAAAAUUGCGAUACAUAAAUCUGAAUAUGAAUGGAUAUGGUUUGCCGGGAGGUUCUGAAUUCUCUGAGGAAUUGAGAAAUGCUUGUCCUUCUGAAACUGGUGUUACAAUUGAAGCUAUUGUAGAGAUUAUGGUGAAAUCUCCUGUAUUCUGUGUGGAUGAUAAUGCUUUCCAGUCUCAAACAAUGACUCGAACUUACUAUUAUGAUAUGAAUGAUGCUAAAGAUGCUGCUCAAUGUCGUUUCAAUUGGAAUUGGGAAGUGAAUGGCAUGUUUAACAGUGAUAUAACUGGACCAUAUCCUUUGCCUAGUACUCCGGAUUGUCCUGGAUAUGAACCUACUACUCAGGUUCCCACCACUCAAGCACCUACACCCACUCCUACUCCUACUCCUACUCCUACUCCUACUCCUACUCCUGAACCUUGGUUCCCCAUCUAUGAUCCUUUCAUUCUCGGAGAUAAUUGCAAUUAUGCAACUCCUGAUGUUUGCAAACAAGAGAUCAUUUCGGAAACCAAUGUUACUAGAUUGUAUUUGACAAUUCGUGAUGCUUAUCCUACGAAAGCUUUAGCUCAUACUCGUGUAAUUGCUCUUGCUGGAGUUGAUAAAAUCAGUAUUCAAUUAUGGUUUGAUUCUCUGAAUAAACAAGUAAUGAAUCCUGCUCCUAUCGAUUUCUACAUUAUGAAUGAUCCUAUUAAAGGUCGAACUAUUAGUACUGAACUUGCUAUACUUCAUUUGAGAUUGGCUCAAUUCACACAUCCUCGUAUUCUCUAUAUUGGUGAUGGAACAUUAUAUCGUGAAGGAUUCUUAGAAGUAUUGAAGUAUAUGAAUGAUAACAAAGAUAUGGAUUGGUUUGUAAAUUUGGAAGAAUUCUAUGUUGUGAAGAACUACAUUGCUACAUAUGAUUUCUCAAUAGAAUCACAGCAUCCUGAUUAUGCUGCUAAUCUUACUAGAGAUAUUGUUGAUUUGCUAUAUAACAUGUGUACAAAUAAAAUCUAUUUCCCAAAAUUGCGAUACAUAAAUCUGAAUAUGAAUGGAUACAAUUUGGUGGGAGCUGCUGGAUUCGCUGAGGAAUUGAAAAAUGCUUGUUCUCCUUCUGAAACUGGUGUUACAAUUGAAGCUACUGGGGUUUUGGUGAAAUAUCCUGUAUUCUGUGUGGAUGACCAAUAUUUCCAGUCUCAAACAAUGACUCGAACUUACUAUUAUGAUAUGAAUGAUGCUAAAGAUGCUGCUCAAUGUCGUUUCAAUUGGAAUUGGGAAGUGACUGGCAGUUUCAACAGUGAUAUAACUGGACCAUAUCCUUUGCCUAGUACUCCGGAUUGUCCUGGAUAUGAACCUACUACUCAGGUUCCCACCACUCAAGCACCUACACCCACUCCUACCCCUACUCCUACUCCUACUCCUACUCCUACUCCUGAACCUUGGUUCCCCAUCUAUGAUCCUUUCAUUCUCGGAGAUAAUUGCAAUUAUGCAACUCCUGAUGUUUGCAAACAAGAGAUCAUUUCGGAAACCAAUGUUACUAGAUUGUAUUUGACAAUUCGUGAUGCUUAUCCUACGAAAGCUUUAGCUCAUACUCGUGUAAUUGCUCUUGCUGGAGUUGAUAAAAUCAGUAUUCAAUUAUGGUUUGAUUCUCUGAAUAAACAAGUAAGGAAUCCUGCUCCUAUCGAUUUCUACAUUAUGAAUGAUCCUAUUAUGGGUCGAACUAUUAGUACUGAACUUGCUAUACUUCAUUUGAGAUUGGCUCAAUUCACACGUCCUCGCAUUCUCUAUAUUAGUGAUGGAACAUUAUAUCGUGAAGGAUUCUUAGAAGUAUUGAAGUAUAUGAAUGAUAACAAAAAUAAGAAUUGGUUUGUAAAUUUGGAAGAAUUCCAUGUUGUGAAGAACUACAUUGCUACAUAUGAUUACAUAAUGGAGGGGCAGAAGCCUGGUUAUGCUGCUAAUCUUACUAGAGAUAUUGUUGAUAUUCUGAAUGAAAUAUGUACAAAUAAAGCCAAUUUCCCAAAAUUGCGAUACAUAAAUCUGAAUAUGAAUGGAUACAAUUUGGUGGGAGCUGCUACUUUUGCUGAGGAAUUGAAAAGUGCUUGUUCUCCUUCUGUAACUGGUGUUACAAUUGAAGCUGGAGAGACUUUGGUGAAAUAUCCUGUAUUCUGUGUGGAUGACCAAUAUUUCCAGUCUCAAACAAUGACUCGAACUUACUAUUAUGAUAUGAAUGAUGCUAAAGAUGCUGCUCAAUGUCGUUUCAAUUGGAAUUGGGAAGUGACUGGCAGUUUCAACAAUGAUAUAACUGGACCAUAUCCUUUGCCUAGUACUCCGGAUUGUCCUGGAUAUGAACCUACUACUCAGGUUCCCACCACUCAAGCACCUACACCCACUCCUACCCCUACUCCUACGCCAACUCCUACUCCUACUCCUGAACCUUGGUUCCCCAUCUAUGAUCCUUUCAUUCUCGGAGAUAAUUGCAAUUAUGCAACUCCUGAUGUUUGCAAACAAGAGAUCAUUUCGGAAACCAAUGUUACUAGAUUGUAUUUGACAAUUCGUGAUGCUUAUCCUACGAAAGCUUUAGCUCAUACUCGUGUAAUUGCUCUUGCUGGAGUUGAUAAAAUCAGUAUUCAAUUAUGGUUUGAUUCUCUGAAUAAACAAGUAAGGAAUCCUGCUCCUAUCGAUUUCUACAUUAUGAAUGAUCCUAUUAUGGGUCGAACUAUUAGUACUGAACUUGCUAUACUUCAUUUGAGAUUGGCUCAAUUCACACGUCCUCGCAUUCUCUAUAUUAGUGAUGGAACAUUAUAUCGUGAAGGAUUCUUAGAAGUAUUGAAGUAUAUGAAUGAUAACAAAAAUAAGAAUUGGUUUGUAAAUUUGGAAGAAUUCCAUGUUGUGAAGAACUACAUUGCUACAUAUGAUUACAUAAUGGAGGGGCAGAAGCCUGGUUAUGCUGCUAAUCUUACUAGAGAUAUUGUUGAUAUUCUGAAUGAAAUAUGUACAAAUAAAGCCAAUUUCCCAAAAUUGCGAUACAUAAAUCUGAAUAUGAAUGGAUACAAUUUGGUGGGAGCUGCUACUUUUGCUGAGGAAUUGAAAAGUGCUUGUUCUCCUUCUGUAACUGGUGUUACAAUUGAAGCUGGAGAGACUUUGGUGAAAUAUCCUGUAUUCUGUGUGGAUGACCAAUAUUUCCAGUCUCAAACAAUGACUCGAACUUACUAUUAUGAUAUGAAUGAUGCUAAAGAUGCUGCUCAAUGUCGUUUCAAUUGGAAUUGGGAAGUUCACGUUCCCAAGACUGAGAAAACCUACUGCAAAAAGUGUAAUAAGCACACUGAGCACAAGGUUACACAGUACAAGGCUGGAAAGGCUUCUUUGAGACCGCAAGGAAAACGACGAUACGAUAUGAAGCAAAAGGGUUAUGGUGGUCAGACGAAGCCUAUUUUCCACAAGAAGGCUAAGCAAACCAAGAAGUUGGUUCUCCGUCUCGAGUGUAAGGAGUGCAAGAUGAGAGCCCAGCGUCCUCUUAAGAGAUGCAAGACCCUUGAGAUUGGUGAAAAGAAGAAUAAGGAUGCUCAGACUUAUUAAGAUUCAGGUUGCUUC